GCUCGACCGGCAGAGAUAGCCAGGCAUCACCAAGAAGCCACUAGGCUUUCACUGCCGGAAGAAGUAGUCCCGGCAGUGCGCUUGCACCUGCCAAACUCUCGGAUGCAGCAAGAGGGGCAUAAUGGUGUUGUCCUUUGCCCAGAGUCCCCCUCCUUCGUGCUGGCCUCUCUUCCUUGGGCGCUUUUUUUCCUCCAUGAAUAUUUUCUCUGUUAUUGCUCUGCGCCCGCUCGAGUCUCCCUGUCUCUCUAGUUAUAAUAUGAUGCCAUGCGUCUGCCCAUCAAAAACCUCUGGACCUGGCUCGCUUUCUUCUUCUUCCCAUCCACGGCUUUGCCUCGUAUCCAUUUCCCCCCUCGCCUGUCUUGACGCGGUUCAAAAGUGUGCCUGACAACAACCAACAACCAACCACCUCGGGACCCUCCACAAACCCAAUUCCGUGUCGAAGUAGCCGCUCUUGCUGCCCACUCCUACUCGCGGCCCCUGGUCUCGGACAGCGCUAGCGCUGCUGACAGCAUCGCCUCGGACGACAUGGAGCCCAAUCAGAGUCUAGCGGAUUCCCUUUCGGGAUGGCCCAGGUUCCUGGAAGGGGGCCUGGUCUGGUCCGGAACCGGUGCCUCACCAGCGGGACCCCACAUCGUCCAACUGCAGCCAGUUGACAUUGCGGAAAUCGAAAGUGCCCUCAAGGCCUUCAAGGGUAAGCAAAAACGCAACAGCGGAAUUUUUCCGGCCCCCUCCGCUGCAGUGGCAGUGCUUUUCUUUCCCUCUUUGUUUCCCUACAGUCAGAACCAACACCCAACCUCACCCCACAAGCAAUGCCCCUUUUGAGCGAGGGAGACAAAAACAACCGGCGUUUUCACGUUGCUCUCACAUCAACGCCCUGAUGAGCUCGGAUACCACGGCGAUAAAGUCAGCAGCGAUACCUUUCGCCUAUCCCAGAAUCUCCAGUCCCGACUCAGAGAUGCUUCACACGAUGUCCACAGCAAGCAGGGACACUGUCUCCUGCGAGGUCUGGAGCCGAACAAGUACUCGCCCGAAGAUAACGCAAUGAUAUUCCUCGGGAUCGCAAGCCACAUUGGCGACGUUCGUGGUGUACAAGAUAGCGAUGGAAACAUGCUGAGUCACAUAACCGUUGUCCAACAGUGGAAGAAUGUCCCCGACAGGCUCCGGCACGGCGUACACACCGAGCAGGGAAUGCCGUUCCACAACGACAUGGGCACGAGCGUGCUUGCCCUCCACUACCGGCAAUGUGCAAGUGAGGGUGGGUCCACCCACUUGUCUUCAGCCUGGACCGUAUACAACGAGCUUUCGGCAAACUACCCGGAUGUUCUUGAAGCUCUGGCUACCCCCAACUGGCCUAUUCAGAUCACCAAGGCCAAAUCCCGCUACUACUUAGCACCGCUUAUCCAAUACAAGCACGGAAACCUGAUGGUCAGCCUCGACCCGGGCCGGCUGGGCCGGCAGACGGCCAACGCAGAGUACAAGGCCACAAAGUUCCCACCGUUCCUCGGCGACAACGCCAAGACAUGCGACAAGGCCGCAGAGGUGCCCGCACUCACCGAAAAGCAGAACGAGGCCCUCGACACGUUCAACAAGGUGGCUCACGAGCACCGGCUCUCGGUUCCAGCCCGCCCAGGCGACAUGCUCUUCGUCAACAAUUGGGCCCUGCUGCACGCCCGCGACCCCUACAUGGACGGCUCGGCCGGCGGCGCCGGCCGCCGCCACCUGGUGCGCGUCUGGCUCCACGACCAGGAGCUUUCGUGGGACCCGCCCGACUCGAUGAAGACGCCCUGGGCCGCCGCCUUCGGCCACCGCUUCCCUGAUUCCAUCGAGCAGACCGGCGGCCCCCACCGCCGCAACAAGGUAAACCACAAGUACCCCAUCAUGCCUGCCGUCAACUACCAGGUCCCCAAGUACACGGCCGGCUCUGCCGCCUUUGUUGUGGAUAGUAGCGAUGACGAGGAUGAUGACCACCUGGAUCGCUGCCAGAGCUGAGAGAGCCGUAGGAGCUCGGAUGUUCUCUACGUGUCAUCGGUUGCUUUUUAUAAUUUGCGCUUUGGUGGCUCUGGUAUUUCAAUGUUGGCGGGUAGUUUCGGAUCAUGAACGACUCUCUGUUGUUUGUGCUUAUUUAUCCGUGCCUUUCUCUCUUCCUACCUCGACGGCGCGCUGUGCUUUCAUUCCACUGCUCUUGACAAUUCCCAAAAGCUCUACAACCUUAAAAUCACAGUCUAAGCAUGUAUCUCCCUACUAAAUGCCCAGAUUCUCCUCUCGAUACCUUCUCGUACCCCUCAACUUUUUUUCCCUUUCUCUCUUGGUUCCUUGGCGCAUAGUUAUGUGGGAUGGAAUUUCUCUUCCCUCAUUCUUUAGGCUAGCCGGCUCUGCUGCGGUAUCGAUAGGGGCAUUUCGUUACGAUGCGGAUUCGUUCCUUUCUUUUUGCCGGAGACCUUUAGUCACCCCCAGCUCUACUUCCACCGGGCUCGGCGUUUCGGAACCAAUCCACA